AUGCCCGUGCUGUCCGCUCGUGUUCCACGUGCCCGUGCUGUUCGUACCCGGUUGUGCCCCACCCGUUUCACCCGUGCUGUCCGUACCCGGUUGUGCCCCACCCGUUUCACCCAUGCGUCCCAUGCUUCCCGUGCUGCCCCUGUGUUCCCGUGCUGCCCCCAUGCUCCUGUGCUGCCCCCGUGCUCCCGUGCUGCCCCCGUGUUCCCGUGCUGCUCCCGUGCUGUCCCCGUGUUCCCGUGCUGCCCCCGUGUUCCCAUGCUGCCCCCGUGCUGCCCCGUUCUGCCUGUGUCGUGCCCGUUUCCGUGCCGUGUUGCCCCGUUCAGCCCUUGUCCUGCCCCGUUCUGCCUGUGCUGCCCCGUUGUCCCCGUGUUGCCCCGUUCUGCCCGUGUUGCCCCAUUCAGCCCGUGUCCUGCCCCGCUCUGCCCGUGUUGCCCCGUUCUGCCCGUGUUGCCCGGUUCAGCCCAUGUCCUGCCCCGCUCUGCCCGUGUUGCCCCGUUCUGCCCGUGUUGCCCCGUUCGGCCCGUAUCUUGCCCCGUUCGGCCCGUGUCUUGCCCCGUUCAGCCCGUGUCCUGCCCCGUUCUGCACGUGUUGCCCCGUUCAGCCCGUGUCUGCCCCGUUAAGCCCCCCGUGUCCUGCCCCGUUCUGCCCGUGUUGCCCUGUUCUGCCCGUGCUGCCCCGCUCUGCCCGUUUGUGCCCUACCCGUGCUGUCCGUACCCGUUGGUGCCCCACCCGUGCUGUCAGUUCUCGCUCGUGCCCCACCCGGUCAGUGCUGCCUGGUCUCGUGCUGCUCGUCACCCCCGUGCGGCCCGUCCCGUACAGCACCUAGUUGCUACCCGAACCCGCUACCCAUACCCGUGCUCCUCGCACACCGUGCACCAGCUGCGGGGCGUUCAACCGCAGCCGGGCAUCUGUUCCACCGCGGUGGUUCAGAUGCUGCUUGGUGGUUGCUACUUGUCAGCUUCAGAAGGGGCCCCUUGCUGGUGUUCCCACGCCCUGUAA